AUGCCGAAACCGAAGGAAAUCGCCCUCGGAACGUUGGUUGGGACAGCGACAACAGGCCUUCUGACAUGGAGGACAAUAUUUCCAUAUAUAGGGUAUGAUAUCAUGACGUUACGAAAACUGUACCAAAUUCAAAGCCAAGUAGGAGAGAAAAUCCUGUCCGGAAAAUUUCUAGUGGACGUGUUUGAAGAGCAUGUUGCAAGGAAUCCUAAGAAAGCGCUCAUUAUCCACGAGAACAAAAAGUAUAGCUACGAGCAGGUGAACGACAUGGCCAACCGAGUGGCUAAUCUCGCUCUGACUUGGAACCUUGACCAAAACGCUACUGUAGCUACAAUGAUAUAUAACGAAGCAGCUUUCGUUUGGACUUUAUUAGGUUUGUUAAAAGUUGGACUAUCUAAUGCCUUCAUCAACUAUCACUUGUCGGGGAAACCACUCCUGCACUCUCUUAAAACCAGCAAUGCUAAAAUUAUCAUAAUAGGGCAGGGCGACGAACUGUUAGAGUCGGUUAUGGAGAUCAUAGACGACUUUCAGGACAUACCUACCUACGUCAUGGGGAAGGGUCAGACAAGCUUACCACGGGGCCUACUUUCAUUCGAUGACGCCUUGUUACGCAUGCUACCAGUGAACGUGUGUAAGUCAACCCGAUCACACGUGACUUUAAAAUCGCCGAUGUGUUUUAUAUACACGUCAGGAACAACAGGACUUCCUAAACCAGCGAUCAUCAACCAUGCUAAGUCGAUCAGAACAUCGGUUACCUAUAGCAUGUUCGAUUUUAAUACCACUGAUAUAGUAUACAUCGUCACACCGCUGUACCACAGCGCGGCUUCACUACUCUGUCUCUGCAACACAUUGAACACAGGGGCUACCAUGGUGUUACGUAAAAAGUUUUCUGCCAGUCAGUUCUUUGAGGACUGUCGGCUACACGAUGUGACGGUAAUACAAUACAUCGGAGAACUUUUCCGUUACAUUCUAGCUCUCCCAGAGACCCCACUUGAUCCAUUCCAUAAGAUUCGAGUGGCCUAUGGUAACGGUCUUAGGCAAGAUAUUUGGAUAGAGUUCCAGAAACGCUUCAACAUACCUUGGAUCGUGGAGUUUUUCGGCGCCACUGAGGCCACUGGUGGAUUAUUUAACCUAACCAACAAGAUCGGGGCAUGUGGACGUCUAUCACCUUUCAUGCGAUGGGCCGGUACUGACAACAUCAGACAUACCCACAUCAUACGAUAUGACCCAAUCAAGGAAACCCCAAUACGGAACAAAGCAGGUCGUUGUAUCAAUAUUAAACCCGGCGAACAAGGUCUUCUAAUAACCCCGAUACCACCAACAUACACUGGAUUCUAUCAGGGUGACUCAAGUCUCAACGAAAAGAAGCUCCUUAGAAAUGUGUUUGAAGAAGGCGACAGAUACUUCAAUUUCGGUGAUCUUCUAUACAUGGACAAGGAUUACUUUAUCUACUUCCGGGACCGAGUUGGAGACACGUUCAGGUGGAAAGGAGAAAACGUAUCGACAAGGGAGGUGUGUGAUGUCAUCAGUUCUCUCAACUUUGUUCAAGAUGUGAAUGUAUACGGGGUACGAAUACCAGGGACCGAGGGAAGAGCAGGGAUGGCAGCUAUAUCUAUGAAGGACAAUAAAGACGUUACUCCCCACAUGCUGCAAUUGUUGUACCAGAGAAGUCAAAAAGAUCUUCCUUAUUAUGCUAGGCCAAUCUUUGUACGCUUUCAAAAGAGUUUUAUUGUUACGGAGACGAUGAAACACCGAAAACUGGAAUUAGUAGAAGAAGGGUUUGACAUUAACAAGGUCAAGGAUCCACUGUAUUAUAUGGACAACGCAAGCAAGACUUAUUCUCCCCUAACUCCGACAACAUGGAAAUCAGUUCUACACUCUAGGCUCUGA